GAUCACUUUAUUUAUGGGAUUUAAGUUAACCAAACAAAAAAGAUUAUAUCCAUUCUCAAAAAAAUGGAUUUUAAUGUUUUGCUGCUAAUCCACGAAAAGGAAUUAUAGUUUUAACUGAAUAUGGAUUAGAUCCAAAUGUAUAUAUAUAUUCAUACCCAUAAAAAAAGAUAAUAAAGACUUUAAAAAGUAAAAUUCAAAAAAAAUGCAAAAAUUAUAUAUAUUUUAUUAGAUAUUUCAUAACUCGAAAUUAACCAAAUCGAUAUAUCAUUUGAUGGAAAUAGACUUCUUUUUGUUACAGGGGUCCCAAAAUAUGAAAUUCUUAUAUAUGAUUUAAAGUUAGAUAGAUUAUUAGAAGGAGAAAAUGCAAUAGUUCCGGUUAGACACAAAUUCAUAAAAGCAUUAUUUUCUCCGGAAAGGGAUGAUAAAUUUGCUAUUUUAUACCAAAAUAAUUUAGUUUUAUGUGAAAUUUUCACAUCUUAUGAAGCUAUAGAAGAUGAGGAAGUUUAAUUAAGGCAUAGAAUUUAAAAGUAAAAUUUGCUUUCUGAAAAUUCUUCUUAUAAAGAAUUUAUAUGGGAUGAAUAAAAUAAUAUUUAUUUAGCCGAUGGUUUUAAUGUAUAAUAUUUGGAUGGGUAAACCUUAAAACCUAUUCUUCCCUAUAAUUAUGAUUGCUAAUAUCGUCCUGAAUUCCUUGUUUUGACUUAAAAACAUAUUAUCGUAGUCUAAGAAAAUGGUAAAUUUUAAUGGCUUUUUAAAUAUGAUAAAGAAAAUGAAAAUGUUGAAGCCUUAAAGCCUUUUAAAAUUGACAAGAAUUAUACAUAUAAUGACGCGAAAAUAGUCCAACUAAUGUAUAAUUAAUAAUACUCGAAAAUAUAUGUAGGUACAAAUGAAGGAAAUAUAAUAAUUUUACCUAUUGAAGCUGAAUCUAAUGAUAUUGAUGAAGAAGAAGAAUAAGCCGAAAAUUAAAAUGAUAAUGAUUAAGAUGAAUAAGAAAGUAUUGAUUUAGAAGUUGAAGCUGAUAAACUAGGACCUUUUCAUGUAGGAUCAGUUAGUUUUAUCCAAGAAUUUCAAAAUUCCAAUAUAGUAGUUUCAUGUAGUCAAAAUGGCCGUUUAUUUUUCUGGGAUAUUGAAAAAAGAGUAUAAAUUUCUCAAUUUAAAAUAAAAGGAGACAUUACAAGUGCGGAUUUGAGUUAGAAUGACUAAGUGCUUGUUUUAGGGUCUUCUAAGGGAGUUAUUAGGGUUAUUGAUAUUUUCGAUAUAAGCAUUUGCUGGAAUAAUUGUGCCAAAUUGACUGUUCCUACAAAUAAAAAUGUGCUUUUUAUACUCCAAAAUUACUUCCUUAUUUCUGUUAUUGCACCUGAUUGCGAUUUCGAAACGAAAGAUUUAAAAUUAGAAAAUGAAAAUUGUGUCAUUUAUGCAAGAAAAGUGGAUGCUGAUUUAACUCUUAUUUAGAUGCAUCCAAAUACUGGAGAUCUAUUUUUAACUGGAAAAGAUAAAAUUCUUAAAAGAUAUAAAUAGCCGGAAGAGCUUUUGUAAAAAAUGGACACUAGAAUUAAAUAAGGAGGAGUGCCUUUAGAAGAAUAAGAUGGACAUCCUUUGCCCUGUAAUGUUAUGGUAGUGAAUUCUCAAUAUAAUUAUUUAAUAUCAGGAAGUUAGGAUGGAACUGUAUUUUUAAGAAAUCUAGAUAAAUUAUAAGAUAUAUAAUAGAUAAAAGCCCAUAAUUGGAAAAACAAAGGUGUAUGUUCAUUGUGUUUUUCUAAAAAAUAUAAGAUUUUAUACACUGGAGGUUACGAUGGAUCCUUUUUCAUUUGGAAUUUAGAAAAUAGGUUGAUGCUCUAGAAUUUAUAAAAUUAACAAAAAAAUUAAAGCGAAAAUAUGUAAGAAAUCGAAGAUUAAGAAGAUGAAAAAGUUAGGUAUUACUAAAAAGUACUCGAAGAAGAAUUUAUAAAAUCCCAAAAGGAAAUAAGAGAGAAACAAAAGUAAGAAAUAAUAGGGAAUUUAAAUUCUAUAAAAUAAAAAUUGCGUAAAUUAAUUUAAGAUAAUGAAAAUGCUGAUGAACUAGAAAAAUUAAAUAGAGAUGAAUUUGUUAUUGAUAUUGAAACAAAAAAUUAAAUUUUGGAAGCUGGAAAAUACUAGAGGCAAUAAUUGAAAUCGUUAGCCAAAAGAGAAAAUUAUAAAUAAGAAAUUUUACAUUAAAAAAUAAAAGAAAAAACUUGGGAUACUAUGAAGGUUUAACUUAAAGGAAUUAAUGGACUUAAGUCUAAUUAACUUUUGUACAAUUUCCACAUCAGAAAUAGAACUGAAGAAGAGCUUUAAUAACUUAAGUUUGUUAAGGAAUUUAGGAGAUUAGAAAUUCGAGAAAAAAAAUAAAGAAAAGAAAAUUCUGUCCCUGAAAUUAUUCAAAUCGAAGAUUUUAUCAAAAAUCCUUCAGAAUAUAUUGUUAAUUCUUAACCUGGUAAGUAAAAAAUGGUACUUAUAGAUUAUGAAAAAAAAGAAGAAACUAAAGAAGAUAUUAAAGGACCCCAUAAGCCUGGGUAAGGAGGCCCUUUAGGGGGAAGAGCUAGAUAAGGUCCUAUUAUUUCUAAAAAAGACGAAAAAAAAGUAGAAGAAGUGAAUGAUGAAUAGGAAAAGAAAGUCGAAGAAAAAGAAGAGGAAAAAAAAGAAGACGCAGAAUUGAAUGAUUGGGAUUAUCUUUAUGGGGUUAUGGAGUUAUUUACUAAUAACAGGAAGAAAAACUAGAUUGUUUUAUUGUAAAAUAUAAUAUUCAAAAUAAAGGAAGAAUUUAAUAAGGAAUUCGAUAAAAUAUAAGUUCUUAGAUAAAGCUAGGUGGAUUUAAUAGCAGAAAAAGUGAAAAGAGUUGAAGAGAUAUUAAAUGAAUUGCGCAGAAGUGAGGAUUUAUUUUAACCGAAUGUAAAUCUUUUUGAAACUCCGGAAAAUAUUUUGAAAGUUGAUGUCAAGGAAAUUCAUUUCGAGAAAUAUUUAACAAGAGAAGAACGUGAAAAAAUGGAAAAAGAUAGAUUAAGGGAAGAAGAAAGAAUAAGACUUUUAAUGUAAGAUGAUGCCGGAGUGAGAGCUUUGAAAGAUAUGAUGGCGGGAACUUUAGAAGAAAAGAAGGAGAAUUUAUUAGAUGAAGGUCUUGAUUAGGAAGAUUGGAUGAAAAAACCAGUAGAUGAAAUGAAUGAGGAAGAAAGGGUGAGAUUAAAAGAAUUUGAGGAUAUUUGUUUGAGAUUUGAUGAAAAAUUAUUAUUGCUUUUUAGAAAAAAACUCGAAUAUAAUUAUAGAGUUUAUGAAUAGGAAUUAUAUAUUACAAGACUUUCUUUGAGUAUUUUAUAAGAAAAAGACACUAUUUACAAAAAAGAUGAAUAUGCUUAAAUUAUUACAAAAUUAGAAGACAAAUUGGAACUUUUGAGAAUCAAUAUGGAAAAAUUAAGUGAAAAAAGAGAUGAUGUAGAAGAAAAGAAAAAUGGGAAAAAUGAAAAGUUUGAAAAUUAUUUAGGAAAAUAAGAAUUAAUGAAAAAAACUUGGCAGUAAGUUUUCCCUUAAAACAAGAAGGAAGAAUAAAAAAAACAUAAUAAUAAAUCAUUUGAUGAUGCUAAAUAUAAGAAUUAUAUUUUCUCUUUAUUCGCUUUAGAUCCUUAUAUUAGAUUAUCAAAAUAAAAUAUAAAAAAAAUUGUUGAUAAUUAAUUCGAAUCUUAUAUCGAUUAAAUAAAAGAAAUAACCAUAAGUUAAUUGAAUUAAUAAAACUUUUCAAGUGAAGAAACAAAAGAGGAGCAUAUGAAAAACAUAAUACAAGCAUUAUAAACUAAAUUUUAAUACUAACAUGAACUUGAAGAACUUAAAUAAAAUUUUGAAUAAAUUAGCAAUUCAAUUUUAUUCUUUUCAGAUUAGUAAAACGAAUUAGGUAAUUUUUAUUUUAUUUAAAAAUAGUUAUAAAAUAAAAAAAAUAAAGAAUAAUAGUUAUAUGAAUGUAUUGAAGAAAGAAAAGCAGUUGAACAUCAUUUAGAAAAAUGCAAAUCUAAUAUUGAAAUAUUAUUUAGAUUUAAAUAAGGAUAUGUAGAAAUUCCUUACGAUACAGUAGUUCCGAAAUUAUAAGAUGCCAUCUUAAUACACAAAGAUGCAAUUUUAUCGAAGAAUAAAGAUAUUGAAUAAGAAGGAGCUGAAAAAAUAUAACUAAUGAAUUAAAUUAAAGAUAUUAAAUUAACUGUGGCUGAAUUAGAUUACGAAUUAAAAAAAAAAGACAUUGAAAUAGAAUAAUAUAUUUGCUAAACGCGAGAAGUUUAACUUUUGAGAGUAAAAAAAGAAAUGUAAAUUGCUUUAGCAAAAUAAGAUACUAAAAUUAAUGAAGUAAAUAUAUAAUAAUAUUUUAAUUUUUUUUAAAAAAAUAAUAUAAAAAAGUAUGCUCUUAAAAAUUUAUAAGAUUAAAUAGAUAUGCUUAGAUAAGCAACAGAUAAAAGAAUUGGAAUUUAUGACAAAAAAUGUAAAAAAAUAGAAGAACAAAUAGAAUUUAUUAGAAGAGAAAAUGAACAAUUAAGAGCCUAAGGUAAUACAGUAUAAACAGAAGAAAAGUUUUCUGCUACUUUCAAGAAAAAUGCACCAGGUACAGCUGAUGACUAAACUGAUAUUGAUUCGUUUGAUAAAUUUAAAUAAAUUGCAAUUAAUAGAAGUUUAUAUACUAAAGUAAAAAGAUAAACAGAAGAAAUCGAAUUAUUAAGGGAAGAGUUAGGAAAAUUAAAAGCAAGAACUUUUGCUAAUUUCUCGAAUGUUUAAAAAUGA